GGACCACCUGUGGGCUACUUCCCACCUCCGUCCUUGGCAAGGCUCCAGCUGCGAAGUACAAACACGAAAGCUCCUGGCAGCCUACUCCAGCUUCCCUUCACAAAAGCCCAGCCGAAGCUCAAACCACGACCACAACCGAACAACAUCAUCCCAGUUCGUCACAUCAUAAAUCCGCCAAUAUCACGGCCUGACGGAUUCAACAACCUAAAUAUUUCAAAAAUCACAAAAUCAUAAACGAAAAAUAGUACCAAUCCCCCCACAACCGCCAAGAUGUCAAUGCGCAUAGUCCCCCCCGCCACCCACAGCAGCACCUUCAAAGCCGUGAACACCUCCGCGCCCUCCGCCCCGGGCGUCCACGACACCCUCCGCCACGGCGUCGGGCCAUCACCCACCAUUCCCACGUCCACCUCUCUCGUAGAAGCCCCGUCCUCACGCCACCCACUCGAAUCCCGCCUGAAGGCCUGGGAAUCCACGCAAGAGGGCCUACGCAUGGAGACUCUGCGCCGCACCUACGGCAUCGCGGAGCCGAUCCGUCGGGGCAUGGAGCUGAAGAUCGCGCGGGACGGGGAAUGGCGACCUCUUGCGCUGGGAGGCGGAGCGGGAGUCCGAAGCGUGCAUGAGGAUAUCUUGCUUGGUCGUGAGGCUAGGAUGGAUUGGGAGGAUGUGUUUACGGGCGAGGAGCAGCGGGGUGCUGUCAGUGUGCACGAUGAGAUGGAGCGGAAGUUGAAGAUUUAAGGGCUGAUAGAUGAUCCAUUCGUCUUUCGAUCGUGAUAGUGCAGAUGGGAAUAGUGGAUGGUUACCAGUCUGUCAGUUAUUCGGACAGUUGGCUGGGUAACUAUAUCACCUUCAUCGUUUGAGUGUCUUACACUCGGAGUUUGGCAGCUAUGAACACAAGAGUCUGUCUUCGCAUGUAUACGACACAGACAUGAAUUAA